AUGAAUCACACGGAGCCUCAAAGGAACUUUGGAGACGAAGAAGACAUAAGAACAGAAGUGAGAAGUUUGAUAUCUUCACUUCCUUCGGACACAAACAUCCAAGGGAAGAAGCUUUGCAACUACCAAGGAUGUUGGUACUAUUACAAGAAUCUCCAAGCAGUCCUCGAUUACCAGAAACACUUUAAGCCGCUUGAUUCCGACAUUAUAGUCACUUCAUACCCCAAGUCUGGAACCACUUGGCUCAAGGCCCUCACGGUCGCUUUACUUCAUAGGUCAGAGGAUGGUCUUCAGAGCCAUCCUCUUACCUCUGAUAGCCCUCAUGGUCUUGUACCUUUUCUCGAGAUGGAUUUGUAUCACAAAAGCUCAACACCGGACCUGACCAAGCUCUCAUCAUCCCCGAGGUUGUUCUCAACUCACAUGCCGUUGCAUACUCUCCGAGAGCCGCUUAAGGACUCUCCUUGUAAGAUCGUCUACGUGUGUAGGAACGUUAAGGAUGUGUUAGUGUCUCUUUGGCAUUUUAGGUCAAAGAUCGGGAAGAAAGAAGCUGAGAGAAGCGGUCUUGAGUCUAUUAUCGAGUCGUUUUGCAAAGGAGUUGACAAUUAUGGACCUAUUUGGGACCAUGUUUUGAGCUAUUGGAAAGGAAGUUUGGAAGAUCCAAAGCAUGUUCUAUUUAUGAGGUACGAGGAUCUUAAAGAAGAGCCUUAUGCACAAGUCAUGAGACUUGCCGAGUUCUUGGACUGUCCAUUUACUGAACAAGAAAUACGUACAGGAUCAGUUGAGAAGAUCUCGGACUUGUGCUCUCUAAGUAGUCUGAGCAAUUUGGACAUCAACAAGACCGGAAUAUCGUGGAACAACGUGGAUCAUAGUAUCUUCUUCCGCAAAGGAGAAGUUGAUGAUUGGAAGAAUCAUCUCACAACCGAAAUGGCGAACAAAAUCGACAUGAUCAUGGACGAGAAAUUUCAAGGUUCGGGUUUGAAAAUGUGAGUUAGACUUUAUGUUGAGGUGUGCUUAAUUUCUAUCUUUCAUGUAUCCUAAUAAAAAGUUACUUUCAUGCAUUUGUUAUGUUCUUUUGUUGUAUGUUUCGUAACGUUUUCCAAAAUUGGUAAUUUUAUCAACUUUCUUUGAG